CCGGGUCGCUGAGAGCGGAGGAGUGAUGAUUUGUGCAGCGUAACAUCCACCGAGACGAGUGCUACAUCACACCUGCUUUUGCGAUAUAUAACGGUACUUCACUGGCGUAUUCCUCAGGACUCUAACUUAUUCAUCUCGUUUAACCGACAUCCAUGCGAUUCUUCAGGCUUACCUUCAAGUGCUUCGUCGACUGCUUUUGAAACCCUUACAUUUGUCGACUGUCGCACUUAAAUGAUUAUAAUUUAGAGCUCAAUCUCAUCAACCUGUGUUCGAAGAUAUAUUUUAUACAAACAGACAGAGACUACAUUCCGAACGACACGAAUUACAAAAACCAAAAAACGCGAAGAACCGUUAUUUACGUCCUGUCAGGCGCGAGGCGCAACUGCUGGCCGGCGCACGUCAUGUCGCCCGAAGAGCAUUUCUCCAGUGAUGGAGGCUCAUGUCAGGAUGAAUCUCAAGAGGAAGCAGAAUCUGGCCGCCCCCUGGUGUCAGACGCACAUGUCUCAAAUACAGAGACGGGUGCAGCGACUGUGUGCGCGGGUCUGGUGGAUGCAGGCAAUCCCACCGCAGAACUGGGCCAUUCAGAUCGACAAACUUGGAGUAGACAGAUGGACUUUAUCAUGUCCUGUGUGGGAUUUGCCGUUGGCCUUGGAAACGUCUGGAGAUUUCCAUACCUCUGUUAUAAGAACGGAGGAGGUGUGUUUCUCAUCCCCUAUAUUCUGAUGGUGUUUUUCGGUGGCAUUCCCGUAUUCUUCCUGGAAAUCGCACUCGGUCAGUUCAUGAAACAGGGUGGGGUCCAGACAUGGAACAUCGCCCCUCUUUUUAAAGGGCUUGGUCUGGCAUCAAUGGUGAUUGUGUUCUUCUGCAACACCUACUACAUCAUGGUUCUGGCAUGGGCCCUGUACUUUCUGGUUCACUCUUUUACUUCUCCUCUGCCGUGGGCCUCCUGUGGACACGAGUGGAACACAGCCAACUGUACCACUAACUUCAGCCGGGUGUGUUUCAAUCAAUCGCUGCCCUCCUCGUCUUUUAAUGUCUCCACCCUCAACACCACUGCCAGGUGCUUGGAGCCUACGGGCCUGAAAUCGUCUGUCAUGGAAUUCUGGGAGCGUAAAGUCCUCCGUCUGUCCGGUGGUCUGGAUGAAAUUGGUAACAUAAACGUUUACAUGGUCUUGUGCCUGAUUGCUACGUGGAUCAUCGUUUACUUCUGCAUCUGGAAGGGUGUGAAAUCCGCUGGAAAGGUUGUAUAUUUCACAGCUCUGUUUCCAUACCUGGUCCUGGUUGUCUUGUUGUUUCAUGGGAUCUCAUUGCCAGGAGCUCGUAAUGGCAUUAUUUACUACCUAAAACCAGACUGGAGCAAGCUGUCACAUCCGCAGGUAUGGAUCGACGCUGCCACACAGAUUUUCUUUUCUUAUGCUAUUGGUCUUGGAGCCCUCACGGCCCUCGGGAGCUACAAUCGUUUCAACAACAACUGCUACCAGGAUGCAUUCGUUCUGGCUCUCAUAAACAGCGGCACAAGCUUCUUCGCAGGAUUUGUUGUCUUCUCAGUUCUGGGUUUUAUGGCAGCAGAACAGGGCGUUGACAUCAGUAAUGUGGCUGAAAGUGGUCCUGGGUUAGCAUUUAUAGCCUAUCCAAAAGCAGUGUCGCUCAUGCCUUUAGCACCGCUGUGGGCGGUACUCUUCUUUCUUAUGCUCCUGGUGCUGGGAUUGGACAGUCAGUUUGUCGGCGUUGAAGGUUUCAUCACAGGAAUCAUGGACAUGUUGCCCCCCAAAUCCUUCCUCGGAUCUUUGCGUCGUGAAAUUGUUGUCGCAGUCUGCUGCUUUACCUGUUUUACUAUUGAUCUUUCUAUGGUAACAGAGGGAGGGAUGUAUGUGUUUCAAUUGUUUGAUUAUUACUCUGCGAGUGGAAUUACUCUGCUUUGGCAAGCCUUCUGGGAGUGCGUGGUGGUGGCCUGGGUUUAUGGUGCUGACCGCUUCAUGGACGAUGUGGCCUGUAUGAUCGGCUAUCGUCCUCUGCCGUAUAUGAAGUGGUGUUGGUUGUAUGUCACACCUGCAGUGUGUAUGGCUGUUUUCUUCUUUCAUGCGAUCAACUACAAGCGAUUAGUGUAUAAUGCUGUGUACGUGUACCCAUGGUGGGGAGAGAUGUUGGGCUGGUUUCUCGCGCUCUCAUCCAUGCUCUGUAUACCUCUCACCGUUCUCUACAAACUUCUGCACUGCAAAGGCUCUCUCAUGGAGCGUUGGCAGUACCUGACCACACCCAUCUGGGGAAAACAUCACCUCGAGUUCCUUCCACCUGAGAAUGAAGACAGACUUCUAUCAAAGCCAGAAGAAAAUAAAAGCACACGGUUAUAUGAAAGUGUCAUUUAAUAUCACCAAACAUCCAACGCAAAACACUCGCAGCCUUUCAUCUUCCAAAGCAAAACCACACACACAAAAGAAAAGUCAAUGCAAGACAAUCAUUAAACUUAUCAUCAUCUAUCUAUGAUCAUCCAUCAUAUCCCAUUAGCCUACACAGUGUUAUCCUAACACCUGAAGAUCAGAGCAUGUGCAUCUGUUCCAGGUCACUACUCGCAGUAUAAUUGUACUGUAUUAAAAAACUCACACUAGACGCUCAGACAGUAUAUGUGCCUUGUAUGCUGAUUCAGUUUGUACAGUGUUGCGUGUUUGUGUCGUACAGCAUAAGCACGGAUCUUACAGUAGUGUUGUGAAGAACAGAUUAAAAUCAUUUGCCUGUUUUGUGUGCUUUUUUAAGUUAUAAUCAAAAAACAAUACAUAGCAUUAUAUACUGUGUAGUAUUACAUGUAGCAUUUGGAAUUGUGGAGUAAGUGAAAAGUUAAAUCUUUACAAUGUAAGCUGCAAACAUCUGUGAUUUGUGACUCUGUCUGUGAAAUCCAAUCUCAAGUUUUAUAAUCUAAUGAUCAUCACAGUUUGAUUUCACAUUAUUAUUAGUAUUAAAGGUAUCAAGGUUAAAUUUUCACACAUUGUUUACGUUAUGUAGGAUGAUUUUACGUAGAUGAUUUUUUUACUGUAAACAUUAAAUCAUAAAAAUGACUUUUAAUAGGCUGACAUUUCUGUAAACUAUUUUUAAGUGGUGUUUACUUUAAUUGAGUAUUCUUUAUUUUAAUACUUGAAUUAAUUUAAUGCGUUUAUGUAUUACGUCCUUUGAGAAACACUGAAGUGGAUGCAACAUUAAAUGUAGAU